GUGUGUAAACUCGCACGUUUUGAUGAGUGGUCCGCAGCCCCCUCCUCCUUCUCUUCCUCCUCCUCUCUCUUUCAAGUUACCGUGAGGAAAGUCAGUUCAUGCCGCUGACGCGCUCCAGAGAGACUGAGAGAGCGCAGAGGGGUCGCAUAUCUGCUCUGCCUUCAUUACAGAGAAAACCCUGCCUUUUGUUAGUUUAAUCAUUUCUUUCGCUAAAAUGGCCAGUCUCGCUGUCCUGCUGCUCUUCUCUGCCCUUCACGGUCUCGUGCGUUUCAUCUCCGCCCAGCAGGCGCGCGAGCGGCUCAGUGGUCCCUGGACGCACAGGAUCCAGUGGGAGAACAACGGGCAGGUGUACAGCUUGCUGAGCACAGGCUCCGAAUACCACGCGCCCAUGCGCUCGCGCACCGAGUCACGGAUGUACGUGAGCAGCCGCAGCGAAACCGCGCGCCACUUAUCGUCCGGAUCCGGUUCGGCGGUGCAGGAGGUGACCUCGGGGCCGCACGGGCGGCGCAAUGGACCAGCGGCGCCUCUAAGGCGAGGCCUCGAGAGUGCCGGUGCGCCGGGCGCCCGCAGGUCAAAUGGCUCGAGCUCCGGCCUCACAGCAGAGUAUUCUGGCGUGACGGGGAGAGCGAGCGCUACUACGAGCGCAGUUCGCGAGGACGACGACCCCGGGAGGCAGCAGCCGCUCGCGAUAACCGCCGAGACGACGAGGAAUGACGAGGAUAGCGUGGCACGCGACGACAUGGUGAGCGACGACCCCCGGAACCCGAUGAAGACGCACAGGAACGCUGUGCUCUAUAACGCGUAUCCGCCACCCCCUCUGCCACGCGGCGUCCCGCGCGCACGCCGUCCUCCACCCGGAACCGGCUACGGCACGAGAUACUUCCACCACGGCCUGCCGGACCUUGUGCCGGACCCGUACUCCAUUCAGGCGGGGUCCUACGUGCAGCGCAUGCAGAUGUACGCGCUCCGGUGCGCGGCGGAGGAGAACUGCCUCGCGCGGUCAGCAUACAGACCUACAGUAAGGGACAUUGACUACAGGGUUCUCCUACGCUUCCCGCAGAAGGUCCGAAACCUCGGCACCACUGACUUCUUGCCCAUCAAACCCAGACACCAGUGGGAAUGGCACAGCUGUCAUCAGCAUUACCACAGCAUGGAUGCCUUCAGCCACUAUGACCUGUUGGACAUAACCACUGGACGUAAGAUGGCAGAGGGCCAUAAAGCCAGUUUCUGUCUGGAGGACACUGGCUGUGAUCCAGGCUUCCGCCGACGCUACGCCUGCACUGCACACACACAGGGGUUGAGCCCUGGUUGCCAUGACACCUAUGCUGCCAACAUCGACUGCCAGUGGAUUGACAUCACAGACGUCCCACCCGGGAACUACAUCCUUAAGGUUUCCGUUAACCCAAAUUUCCUGGUUCCUGAGUCGGAUUUCUCCAACAAUGUUGUACGCUGUGAGGUCUUCUACAGCGGCCGUCAUGUCCAGACCAGAAACUGCAGGAUAGCCAGGAACUAAAAUUACUGGACGUUAUGACCAUUUUUGUCCACCUUCAUAUAUUGUUUUUGUAUUUGAAGCACAUUUUGUAAGUUGAUACUUUCUGAUAUCCCCUAGUUUAAAGUGUUUUCAACAUAAAACUUGAAAUAUUCCCUUUGGGUGUUGGAAUAAUGUGUCAUAGCAAAUGUACUGUAUCUGUUUUGAGAUAAAUUUGAUUUCUUGCUCUUGUGCAAGCAGCAAAAGCUCGCUAAAAUGAUGGAAAGUAUAUUUUUCACUGGCUUUGUUUUUCUUUAUAAAUGUUGGAAUAUUUUGCAAAUCACAAUAGCGUAUGCAGUUUUUGUAGUGCAUUUAUUUUAUUUAAGACUUGUUAAGAAAAUGUGCUUUUUAUUGUCACUAUCUGUUACUAUAUGUGUGUAUAGCCAAUUGGGAUUUAUUUUUAUUUAUUAUACAGUAUAGGAAGAUGUGAGGAUGUAUUCUUUUAAGCUGACCAAAGUGUAGAGGUUUUGUCUUGUGUAAUCUCUGCUUGAGUCCAGUGGUUUGGUGACAUUCCAGUGAAGACCACUAGCAGCCAUAUGACCCUAGAAAGCAGCAUGUUCUCUUUUACAUAAUAUUUCAUUCAGUUCCCUUUGUCCCUGUGUAAGAAUGCAUGAAGGUGUCCAAAAAACCCUUUUGAGCCUACGUGUUGUCGGUCCGUGUGCACUGUCCCAAAUGCUUCCUAUCUCUCCUGCCAUGAUUACAAGAGACAUUCCGUGGUUGAGGCUGUUUGGCCUGAUAUGCAAUAAACACAGCAUGGAAAGAAUGUAAUACUGAAAAUGAAAUGUUUCUUCCUUAAGCUCUUUUGGCAUUAAAUCACAA